AUGGAGUGGCAUACGUGGCAGCUCGUGGACUCGCUGUACCCGACGGGCGGCUUUGCCCACUCGCUCGGCCUUGAGAGCGCGGUGCAGGAGAAGAUCGUGACCAACACGACGACGCUGCGUCAGUUCGUCGUCUCGGCGCUGUACCAAACCGGGAACCUCCUACUUCCGUUCCUCUGCGAGGCCCACGCGAACCCCUGUGUCGAGAACUUUGCGCGCCUCGAUGCGCUCGCGCAUGCCAUGACGACCAACCACGUCGCGCGCCGAGCGUCCAUCGCACAAGGCACCGCGCUGCUGCGCGUGGCGACGCAGACGUACUCGCACCUCCCCGUGCUUCGCGCGAUCAAGCAGACGCGCCCGGUGGGCCACCACGUGGUCGUGCUUGGUACGCUCUGCGGUGCGCUGGGCCUCGACAGUCUCGCGAGCCAGCGGCUCCUUCUCUUCUUUACGCUGCGAGACAUUCUGAGCGCAGCGACGCGGCUAAACCUCGUGGGGCCCAUCGAGAGCGCGAAGCUCCAGAUGCAGCUCGCCGAAGUGGCCGAGACCGUUCUACAGACGCGGAAGGACCGGCCUGUGGACGACGCGUACCAGUCGGCGCCGUACCUGGACUUAGUCCAAGGCCGCCACGAUCAGCUUUACACGCGUAUCUUCAACAGCUAG